CGGGGUGCCAUCUUUUUUUUAAAGAAGAAUUGCAAUAAAAUAAGAAAAAUCCAUUGCUUUGACUUUUGCUGAUCAGAGCACCUACGUUCGCGUAUUGUCUUCCCACCUCAGCGCAUACGUCGUCCCCUCGACCUCCUUUUCUAUAUAAGGGAGCGACUGGGGUUCUCCGUUCAUCCUCGAUCGACAUACAUUUUACUAUUCUUUUUUUCGUUUUGCUCUAAAGAUUUCGGAUCACUACAGAAAUGGCAGCAAUUUCAAAGGAAUCAGAGCUCCAAGUGAAGGCCUUUGGAUGGGCAGCGAGGGACACCUCUGGUGUUCUUUCCCCUUUCAGCUUUUCCAGAAGGGAAACAGGGGAGAAGGAUGUGCAGUUCAAAGUCCUGUACUGUGGAAUAUGCCAUUCAGACAUUCACCAGCUGAAGAAUGAAUGGGGUUUCACAAAAUAUCCCAUUGUUCCAGGACACGAGAUCGUAGGUGUAGUGACAGAGGUGGGGAGCAAAGUGGAUAAAUUCAAGGUUGGUGACAAAGUGGGCGUUGGGUGUCUAGUCGGAUCCUGCCGAAAAUGCGAAAGCUGCGCGGAUGAUGACGAGAAUUACUGCCCGUUAGGUGUUCAAACGUACAAUGAUGUUCGCACCACCACAUACGGUGGUUACUCCGACAUCAUGGUUGUCUAUGAGCACUUUGCGCUCCGGUGGCCUGAUAAUUUGCCAAUGGAGGCGGCUCCCCUGCUUUGUGCCGGAAUCACAACGUAUAGCCCCUUGAAAUACUUCGGACUCGACAAGCCGGGAAUGCACAUUGGGGUUGUCGGCCUAGGUGGUCUCGGCCAUAUGGCUGUUAAGUAUGCUAAGGCUUUUGGAUGCAAGGUUACUGUCAUCAGCACCUCUGAUAGCAAAAAGAAAGAGGCUAUUGAUCGGUUUGGGGCCGACUCAUUCUUGAUCAGCCGCAACCCAGAAGAUAUGGAGGCGGCAGCAAACACAUUACAUGGGAUAAUAGACACAGUUUCUGCAGCUCACCCUCUUGUGCCUCUACUAAGCUUAUUGAAAAGCAAUGGAAAACUCGUAAUAGUCGGAGCACCAGAGAAACCAUUUGAACUGCCAGUCUUUCCCUUGAUCAUGGGUAGGAAAUUGGUUGUGGGAAGUUGCAUUGGUGGAAUAAGAGAGACGCAGGAAAUGUUGGACUUUUCUGCCGAAAACAACAUAACACCAGAGGUGGAGGUUGUCCCGAUGGAUUAUGUCAACACUGCACUCGAACGCCUCGCAAAAGCUCAAGUGAAAUAUAGAUUUGUUUUAGAUAUUGGCAACUCACUGAAAUCUGCUUGAGUAUCUUGAGAGUAAGAUCAACACAAAUCCUGGCGGGGCUGGCUUAUUUUAUUCACUGUAUUGUUAUGUGUUUCAAAUUUAUAAUUUUAUACCUGUUUUGUUGUCCUUUUUGUUUUUAAAAUAUACUGAAGUGCGAAAAAAAUACGGGGUAAUUCCAUAGAUGUUGUCACUCUCCCCCUAUUUCAAUUCCCAUUGUACUCAUCCCUUUGUCAAAUUUCGUUUCAGUGCACAUGUUAUAAAAUGAUCAUCAUUGUUCCCAUGUCGUCUCAUCAAUUUAGACGAAGUAUCACACUUAGAAAAUUG